GCACAUGUGCAUUGUGUAUUAUGCUGAUUUUGUGUAUUUUCUGUCAUGCGAUCGUAUUAACAUUGCAAUGCUGGAAAAUGAGUGCUAUCACGAUGAAUUAGGGAACAUUUUGGUGUUAGUUGGGGGCCGAAAGCCCUUCGACUGACCCACCGAUCACCACUGGUGACAAUCCAGUGGUCACCUAUAUUCCUGGGGCUGCAUUUUGUACUGAUGUGGAAACUUUAGGUAAACAGUUUGACGUGAUAGAAGUUCAUUUCAAAGCCAAGUCUGUCCCCGGCCCCGAACAACUAAACACUAACUUUGGCAACAUUAUGGCGGAUCCUGAAAAUGAAAGUAGGCCCAGCAAAGGCAAAUCAGCUACUAGAAGUGACGGAUUAUCACCCACUGAUCUGAUGACUGAGCAACUGGAAGCCUCAAUAAGCCCCAAUGUGAAGCGAAGGAUAGACGCGAUGGUAGCCGAAGUCAAUAAAUUCAAUGACCUUGAGAAGCUGCUGUUGUACCUGAAGCUGCCGACGGGCGUCAGCGGGUUCGAUUCCAACCGGCUGAAAAGCUCAUCCCCCUCGCUAGCGGUCACCCGCAUCGAGCAGACACAGGCUUUCAACUGGAUCCGGAGUCAUCUCGAGGAGUGCAGCGAUACGUCGCUUCCUAAACAUGAAGUAUAUGAGGACUAUCGCUUGCACUGUGAUUCGGCCACUCGUCGGGUCUUGAGCCCCGCAGACUUUGGCAAGAUCAUGAAGAGUGUCUUUCCCCAGGUCAAACAGCGACGUCUUGGCACACGCGGAAAUGCCAAAUAUUGCUACAGCGGCCUACGCAAAAAAAGUGAGAUCCAGCCACCAUUACUGCCAAGCAUGGAAUCACCACGCAAAAUUGGACCAAAUGACAUACCUCACAGCUCUUCCUCUUGCAAGUGCAGCCAAGAACAACAGCAGGCCGACCUGGCCAACACCAUUGUCAUCUGUGAAUGGGCCGAGAAGAUCUUUGCCACCCACUUCCAAACCACAGAUGAGAUUGCCCACCACCUUGCCAGCAAUAAGUUAGUCUCUAGUUCCAUGGCUUCCUUCACAGUACUCUCCAGUGGCAAGGAUUCCUUGUCGUCAUCGUCGAGGUCGCUGCGGUCGGAUUUUGCAGUGGCGAAACUGCCUAUUACACCGGAAGAGCGGCGGAAGGAGACACAGCAUCAACUGCAGAAGAAGAUACAGCAGCGGCAACUUCACAAGAUGAAGGAAGAACAGUUGCGACAGGCCAACGAGCGACUUCCGGCACUGAAGCCUGGAGACCCCAUCAAGGGUGCCAAACAGCGAGACGACCGAAAAGUACUGAACAGGAGCCACAGUAUGCCUGAUGAGAUGCAAAUGAAUGCAAGAACUGAUUCACACAGGGGGGAGAAUAAAGAACUGGACAAGGCCCCCAAUGGUAGCCAGUUUGGUAACCAGCAGGUUGAUCAUAAUGCUAGCCUAGCUCACCAAUCAGGGUUACAGACAAACAACAACAGCAAUAACAACAGUAACCAGCUACCUGUUUCAAGCUCGGUAACCACCACCGUUACAACAGUCAAGGAAAGUCCAAACAACAAACGUCGUUUCACACCCAUACAACCCAAGACUCCCGUGAGGGAUGGUGCAGUAAAAAUGCCCCUGAAUGUCAACAACUUACCCAAUGGGCCGAUGGUGUUUUUUCAGCCGAACGGAACAAUUCUGAAUUCAAAAGGGCAAAAGCUUCCCCCUGGAGUCCAGUUCAUUCAAAUAUCAAGUCUCUCUAAUGGCUCCAUGCCUCAGAUGGCUACCAUUCCCAUACAGAACAUUCCUAACCCCAAGCUGGUUGCCUCUGGGACAGCCAAGUCAUCCGUUUCAUCACCAGGAACGUCUAGAGCUCAGAAUGUCAUUGCUGUGCCAGUAUCUCCUGGACAGGUCUUGAAAGGUUCUCCUGUCGCAGGGGGUGUACUUGUUGUCAAACAGUCCCCUCAAGCAGGCCUUGCCGCUAACUUUGUGAAUGGCUCUCUACAAGGUAACAAGGUGUCAGUCGGACAGAAAGACCCUACGACGACAUUGCCAUCCCAUAGCAACACUCACAUGCUGCAGUUACAGUCAGACGCAGGAGGUGCGUCACCUCAGGGAGGCUGUAGUGCCACUCAUUCAGGUAUUAUCCCCUCUUUGACUUCUACAUCACUUCUUUCAAGCAAACAGGAUGUCCUCACCUCGCCCCCUGUCCAGCCAAAUUCGACCCCAGCUUGCUCAUACACUGCAAACACCUCAACAGUACUCCUUCGGUCUGCACAUGUGGAGCCUCAGAAGACUUCACCACAAGCAGAUAAUCACCCAUCAUCUGCUAUGAAUCAAGUUGCAGUUAAUAAAUUAAAUGAGGUGAAUCCAGUUGCCGUAGGCAUUCCAACAGCUUCUGUUUCUCAUCACCCAUCAACAGCAGUCACCUUUUCGACCUUUCCAUUUCAGAAGCAGACAAUGACAGCUCGGGAUGGUAUGUCCAUGGCAGGGAAUCAUGAUUUGAAUGUGUUAUCCUCACAGGGUGGGCUAACGUGUGGUCUUGCUGCAAGUGACCACAAGCAGAUACCUGCCAAUUCAGCAUCUGCACUUCUGGCGAUCUUGUCCAACACUGCCAAUAAGGAGCAAGGUCUUGAGGAAAGCAGAGGAGCUAGCAAGGUAGCCAGAGCCAACCCCCAGAUUGGAGGAAGUAAUCAUAACCUCCAGCCUGCAAUCAUUUCUAUGACAGGAACUUCAUCAAUAUCACAAUUGGCUCAACAAAAUAUGGGUGGUUUAGUUUCUACAGCAUACAAAGCUUCACAAGAUGCACAUUUGAAGUCCAACAUGAUGUCCUCUGCAAGCCUGAAAAACGUGCCAGCUGUGCCAGUUCAGUUGACCAGGGCUCAAAAAGACCUACCACCAGCUUCUAACAGCGGUCUGAUAUCAAUAUUAACAGCACCAAGUCUUGAAACAAGUCAUGUGAGUAACCUGCACCCGGCAAACCAACAGGUCAAGGAAGGCCAUCAACAGAUUUCAUCCUCGUAUCAGAGCAUUCCUGUGUACAGCCUCCCAAUAAACACUGCUAAUCAACCUCUUGAUCUAGCGGCACAUCGGAUUCAGCUGCCCAUUGCUAUGGAGUUAGGUAACAAGAGGCUGGCUUUAUCACCUGUCCACGUCGACCAGUCUUCAUCUGCAGUCUCCCUCCAACAUCGAACAUUACUCCCACAGAUCAAUGAGGUAGGCUGUAAUGCCAUGGAAGAUGUCAACACCAGUAUCCUGAUCAAGCAGGAAAUGGAAAACCUUGGAAGUCAGUUGGUUCAGCAAGGGAUACCAGUCACGCAGCCUAUCAGCUUUGUGAAUGGUAUUGCCCAGGGUACAGCAGUGAUUGGCAUCCAACAGCCAGCAGGCAUGGAAUGCCAAGGAAGACAGAGUACUACAUCUAGUUUAAACCCACAUUCUAACACAGCAACACCUAUACCGCUGGGGAUAGAGAGUGUUCCCCAAAGCCCCAACGACCCCAACCAGGUGUAUUUCACAUUCACACCGAUCCAGCAGAGCACAGAGCAAGUUGGUGUAAGUGUAACCAGCCCCAGCCCGGUGAAGCCAAUGCAGAAGCCCAAGCCAAAGUUUGGCACUUCACAGGUAAGCUUUGUUGCCCCCAAUCGCAAACGACGAACUUCGGGUUCAACAAGGCGACCAAACACCAACGGCACAAUAAAUUGUCUUCCUCCUGCUGUCAGCCGUCAGAUCACACCCACCCCCUCUCCCAGCGGUAGUCGUUGCUCGACGCCACUAUCACCAUCCUUGGUUUCAGCAAUCAGCCAAGCAGAUGCUGCAAGUAUGCCACCCCCAUCACCUGUGACAGUCCUAUCUGACCCUAGUCAGUCUAUGAGCAACAGGGCAUCUACAAAGCGUGACCUGUCUAGCCAAAGUCAAACACCAUGGGGGACACAGGUCAUCAGUAACAGGAAGAGGAAUCCAUCCGGGCCUGCAACCUUGAUGCAGCCGACCAAACAGCUUUCGUUAGAUGCAGCUACCUUUUUACCCGAAGAGAUAACAGAUCUUAACAUCCGUAGCUACAAUCCCAAUUUGGAGUUGAACACCUCACAGCAUUAUCAGCGAAGUCAUAGUGUUCCUCUGCCAGCCUACCAGCCAGUCGUACUCAGUCAGGACAGGUUCAUAUCCAACUUCCCCGCAUCUGUUGAGCAGCGAGGGGUAACCGUCAAUAACCGGAGUUUUGGAGCUAAGCGCAACCUUACCCAGGAGUUGCAGGAGAUCCAAGUCACAGACGAAGACUUCAAUCCCGAAGAGCAUUUCCUUGAAGGGAGUGACACAGCUUUUAAUGAUCUCCUGAAUGCUGACUUGCAGCAACCCACCCAGGGUCAAGGGUCAUGGGUCAGCAACAUGCAGCCAGAGUGCUCCACCGAAUUGGCUGUGGAUUUCCCGAUGACGUCUUGCAGCUCGGAAAGAGACACUGAGAAUGAGCUAGAUCUUGCCCAGGGAUUAGGGGAUAAUUCCAAUAGCACCACGUCGACUUUGAAUGAAGAGAUAGCUGCCAUGGAUGACAUGGGCUCCAAUCCAGUCUUUCAUGAUUUCACCCUUCCAAGCUGGCCCCAGAUGGGUAGUAGUGGCAAUCUAGCCUCACUGGAAUGCAGUAUGUAAUCCAGAACCCAGUCAGGGGACUAGACCAAGAGAGAGAUUUACCAGUUCCCAAGCUCAAAAUAUUGUUGCCUUUAUGAAGCAGUUCAGUUUCUUCAGCUUGCUUCAUACCAGAGGAAUAGUUUCAUAAACUUUUGAAGAUUUGAAAAUCAACUGUUACUGGAAAGGGAGUGUGUUUAGCCUCCUGUCUGCAGUCGGAUGUAAAAUCUUUUCGUUAUUUUUUGUUCGUGCAUAAUGGAGCCGGCCAACUGAUUUCCAACUCAUCUGUUCAUCUACACAUAAAUCAUCACAGGAACAUUGCUUUCAGUGGUGAGUGGGUGAACACUGUGAGCUUGUGUGGAGUUUGUUUUUGGGUUUACUUUGGCCAGCUUUGUUUUGGCAAGACGUGACCAUAAUUCAGAGAUAAGCAUUGGUCACAAAAUGAGUUUUAAGAAUGUGUACAUUGAGUAUUCAGAUUUUUGACGUACAUUUUGUGUAGAUAACGUUUUUCCGUUUUUUGUUAACCUACGCACAGAGUGUAGUGUAUGUGCAACCUUUCUAUGCCGUUAUUUGUCAGUUGUAGAACUGACUUUGUUCAAUUUGUAUUGAGUCAAUGUGAAUAGAUUUGAACAUAUUUUGUGAAGAUUUUUGAGUAAAUACUAAAAAUGUAAAUACUAGAAAAACAAGCUACUUUUUGGCAUUUUAAAAAGUGUAGUUUCAUGUAGCUUUUACCGUUGUGUGAAUAAAUUAAAUGCAUUUUUGAAAUGUUUUUUCUGGCACAGUUUGUUACAGAUUUUUUAGAAUUCUCUGUAUUUUAGAUAUGAAGUGGAAUUGGAUGCCAGUUUCAUGUGUGUUUUGUGAUACUUGGAAAAAUGGUUUUGUUUUGUUUUUAAUCUUCUGAAAGUGUAAGAACUUUCCGGUAACUUUGCGUGUCUUGAAAUUUACAGAUAGUGCAUUCGUGUUUGUUCAAACAAAUUAAAUGAAUUGAUCCCUGGUUUAAUAGGUUUUCCAUAUUGGUAUGAUGUUGUCUUAGUUACGUGUUAAUGAAAAAAACAAAUGUCAAAACUGACAAUGAAAUGUGACAAAUGAAAUAAACGUUUGAACAAUCAUUAUGUACAUGAAUAUUUAAAAUAAAAACAAAUUAUAAUUAUAUAUUUUCAUAAAUAUGGGAUUGAUUGUUCAUUAGAUUGGGAGGUGUUGUAAUGUGUACGUGUACAUCAACAACAUGUACAGGUAGAAAAUGCCUUUGACUUUUUAGGAAACUCGUUUAGAUACAUGUACAAAAUUGCACAGUUAUGUCAUUUUUAUACCAUUUUCUUCAUUUGCUUGUACAGUUGAAUUUAAUUGGGUGCAGGCACAGUUUUACAUGAAAUGUUUUGGAGCUUUUUUGGAGGGGGAGAGAGAAGUUGCGAGGCUAAUAUAUUCGAAGCAUUUUCAGAAAUGAGCAAAAUAUUUAAAUCAGACUAGAGAUGUGUGGAUAAUCCAUCGGUGAAGAAUUCUGUGGUAGCACAACUUACAUGUAUGUAUCUCUUUUGUGAGUUGUGUGGUUUUGGGAACCAAUUGUGGCUUUCCCUAUGCUCUUUCAACUUGUAUGUUUUAUUCCAACCAAAAGUUCCCUUUUUUUCUUGUUUGGAUGUCUGCAACCCUGCCAAACACCUUUUUGGGGGGUGGGGCACAAACAGACUGGUUCCCGGUCCGUUCAUUAUCGAUACUGAUCGUAGGGCGGGAACCUGCCUCCCCCGCGAAAAUGGAAUUAUUAUCUGACAGCCAGUAAUUGGAAAUUUGUAGAGUAACAAUUUAAUAACUAAACACUGGCCGAUUAUUUUUCGGUUGAUUUUUUUCGUUCAAAAGUAAAGAACUUUUGCAUUACUAGAAAUAUAGCAAUUUCGAAAACAAAUUCUAUUUUUCGGGAUGAAACUCCAAAUUAGCACAGGGAAUGCAAAUGUCAACUUGGACAUUCCAACGGUGUACCCCCAGUACCUGCUCUGGUUGUUUCACAGUGUUCUCCUGAAGAGCAGUGUUCGAAAUAUCCAGUUAAACCAAUUCUUCUCAUAAUCACACACAACUCACAAACAAGAUUUACAUGAUGCCACUACAAAUCCUUCAAUCAUUUAUCCAGAUUUUUCAGAAAAUAAUUCUCAACAAAACAAGCGCUUUAGGACUGCAUUCCGUUGGGUAACACUACAGGAAUGCUGUACAAUGUGAACAAAAAUCCCUUCACAAAACUCCAGCAACUGCCCCUAUGUAGAACUGUGCCUAGUUGUUCAGCUUUCAUGUUUUGCAGAUGGUCGGCCCUCUUGCGGUGUCACACUUGCAUGCAUCAUAGAAUGUGGAAAUGCCUUGAUUGUAAAGAUGGUGGGUUUACCAGGAGGGGUAAUGAGUGUCAGAGGUCAUAUGUGGCUAAAGUUUUUGGGUGACGAGGCUUUAUAGAUCGUUAUGGAACAAGCUUGGCAGAAAAAAAAAAAACAGCAUGUAUGCACAACUACGAUUUUUUUUAAUUUUUGGGGCAACUUCUUGCAAUGUUGAAUGACCCCCGACCAAAAUUACCCAUUCCUACAAAUCUUUUGCCUGUGCACACCUGCUGUUUUUAAAUUUGUUAACUUAGCAUUCGUUCCCGUUGAGAAGCUGAAGAUUAUUUUGACGUUGCGCCGUCUGUGCUUGCGAUGGUCUUUUGAUAUGGUGCAUUUUACUUGUGGAUUCGGGCUUUAGGGUGGUGGCCUUUUUAUUCAAGCAGUGCAGAAUACCUGAUGCUCAGUGGAAAGUACAUGAAUGUGCCAUGCUCUCUGUCCAUGUUACAGCCUCAAUCUGAUGGAGCACCUAAAUGAUGAGAUGACGAUCUCCUACACCACUCAAAAUCCAAAGAAGAAUCGUCAUAACCUGUAGAAAUUUCAGCUCGGUGGAUACACUUUUGGAAAAAACAGUGAAAAACCAUGCACAACCUUUUGAUCUCGAAACACGAUUUCAUCCAUAGCACUAUAUUUUCAAAAAAUAAGUCAAUUAACUGUUGAUUGGAAAUCACGUAAAUUUCUUGAUUUCUCCUAAAUGACAGCAAGCAAGACGGAAUAAUUUCACGGGGUGUUUAAUAUCAGCAGAUCUUUAAUCCAAGCAAGCUUGUUGAUAAUUAUGUGGUAGUUUACUUUUGGGAUAAAAUACACAUGAUCUUUUAUAAACCUUAAAAAAAAGAAGCAAAUCACUAGAACGGAAAUGCUUUAAUAAAAAAGCAGUACAAAAAUAGAAAAAAAUAAAUCGAUGUUGAGCAUGUUUUCCAAGUUGGGUGCGACAUCUACUUUCUACUGAGCAUCAAUACAUUCUGCUUCCUAGUUAUUCUCAGGUUUUCAAUGAAGAAAAAAGUGAAAGAAGGAAUUGUACAUUUUCUAGCACUUUUGCUAGAUGUUUUUUCUACGCCGUGUAUAAAAAAGACAAUUUGUAGUCGUUUCUUGAAUCCAACAUUGUCAUUUUUAUUAAUGAAGGAGGGUGAGAAAGUGCGUGUAGACUCACACCUUGAAAUGUUCGAUACUGGGAACAGGAGUUAAAGAGCGAGUUAAUUUGAGUGCUUAUUUUUUCUUUUUCCAAAGACAUUUAUUGUAAUUAGCAUUUUAGGAAGGCAUUAUUGCAUUGCAGUUGGUCAUCGUGGCUGUUUUAUUAAUUGCUAAAGCUUUGCCACCAUGGGAAGAGAAUACAGUUUUUAUGGUCAGAUUCCCCCCCCCCCCUUGUAUGGAAGAUGCAUCCCUGUGGUAUGGAAGAUGCAUCCCUGUGGUAUGGGAGAAAGUCUCCUGCAAAGAAAUAGUAUUGGUUUGCCGGUGCGACGGUUUUCAAAGAACAUUCCCCCAAAAGCCAGGUUUGAAUACCUCAUAAAUGUUGGUCAGUGUCGGACUGUUGCUGUGCCCAAGCACAAUCUUUUAGGUGAGAAAUAAUUGUGGCUGUCAAACGAAAAUGAACCUUUCCAAUUUUGUGAGAAUAAUUUGCAGCCCUUUUUAAAUUUCAUUUAAAAAUAUAAGUUGCCACAGUUUUGCCUUGUGCAAAAAUUGUAUGGCUUUUCUCCGAGUUGGAGGGUCAUAAAAUGUUAAAAAAUUAUACCCUAAGUUUCAAAUUGAUGGUGCUGUUGAGCAGAAAAUAUGUGAUCUGUCGGCACAAAAAUGAGCUUAAAGUCAGACUUUUGAAGAAUUUAAAAUAUUUAUAUUUCGGGAAUCUGAAAAUCAAGAGCUUUCCAAUGGUAUCACUUUCGGGUACGAAGUACAGUAACAGAAAGACUGUUGUAGAACAAAGUUUUGAGAAAAUGGCAUUUAAAAUUCCUGCCAUUGUAUUACAGUGAAUGAACAGUCGACCGAUAAAGUGGGAUGAAAAUAGGUUUUAAAGAUGUUUUGUAUAACAAACAAAAAAUUGGGAAUGGUAGAAAAGGAAUCAUGGAUUGAGUUUCACCAGAAAAAAAAUUCUACCACCCCUUUGGAUUUUCCUUUGCCCCACAAUUUGCAGCUUAAAGCUUAAUUUGUUCUGACAGGUCACAUAUUGCUUAACAGAUAGUCCUAAGCAGACAUAUAGGCCCAAUUUCAUGGCGCUGCUUAACAGUUAGCAGAAAAUUGUGCUUACUAUAGCAGGAAAUUGUGCUAACCUUAAGCACUAUUUCAUGGUUGAAUGUGCUAAUGGUUACGUGCGCAUGCAGAUUUAUAUUUUUACGUCACUAAUUUAAGCAUUUUUUCCUCCGGGGGUUAAGCGUGCUUUUGCUGUGCUUACUGCUUACGGUCUCCAUGAAAUAGACAGGCUCAGUUAGCAGACAAUUUGUGUGCUUAGCAGCACCAUAAAUUGGGCCCAGCUUAAAAGUAAGCGCAAGUAAUAUACAUCAUGCUCUUUAGGUUGACCAUUCUUGCUA